ACGAUGUUCGCCACCUUCUCUCCGCUCCCCUCCCUCCGCGCCUCAAGCGCCGCCCUCCUCACCCCGAACCCCAACUCGACCACCAACGCUAUCUCGAUCUCCCUUCUUCUUCCCCUCGCCGACAGCCACAAGGUAAACUCAUUCGAUUUUCCCCCAAAUAACUCUAUGUUUUCGUACGGAAUUGUGCUUCUUGUUCACUUUUCUCAAGCUUUUAUUUAUUGGAUCUUGUUUUAUGUUCUUCCCUCGAGAGGAAUUAAAGAUAGAGGCUAGGCUACACUAAGAAAAGGUCAAUCAAAUGCAAGUUCCUCUCAUAAGAUUAAUUGGUUCAGCUUAGCUUUAUAAUCUUACUGUAGUUAUAACGACUUUUAUUUUUUUUUUCUUUUGUGUAUAAGCAAAGACCGUUAACGAGUCGGAACUAAUUCUCUAAAACUUGUGUUUAAAAACAAUCUUUAAACAAGGUAUCAAGUUUCUUGAACUUGUUCUCUUCUGUUGAACACAUUGAUAUUUAGUUGAGGCAACUAGGUGAUGGUGCGUUGCUGGCUAAUGUCUAUCAUUAUGAAGUUAAUUUUUUUUUCCGGUGGAUGUGGGAACAACUUUUUCCAACUUCCACCUGAGAAUAUGUUGAGUUCUUUUUUUAGUUUGUGCAACAACAAUCUCCACAUUUGCAGGGUCGAUUGUAAUUUGCUACAGUUCAUGUGUCAGAAUACAAAAAAUGAUUCAGAUCCAGUGGGUUCAGAUGGUUUUCAUGCUGUUGGCUUUUCAUAUGGAAAUUCUAACAUGUCCUGGGAGACAAAGGACAAUGAUUCCGAGUCUAGUUUUCGUCCUAACUUCCCAGUACCGGAAAGCCUACUUCAUAACCUGGUGAUAAUUGUCUAGGGUACAUAUGUUAUUCUAAGGCUUAUGAUGUCUAAGUUUCAGAUGCUCGGAGCAUAAGUGGAGUUCUUGUGACUCAAGGUAGCCAUUCACAGGCACCUUGUUUCCUUUUGAUGUCAUGAGAAGGGGCCAUGCAGGUGGGAUUAGGAUGAUAGAAAUUCGUUGAUUCUUUACCUAUUGAGAGCAAAUGGGAUGAUACAUGUCUUCAUAAAGUUCUGUUUCUUGAUCUUUAUCAUUAUCCAAGUAUAUGUGAGGUUGUCUUGUGUUUGUUUUGUACGAUACAAGUAUCUAAAUAUUCUGCUUGGCUGGCCCAUUUUAAGAUUAUACUUGUAGUAAUUUUGAAACUCAAAAUUAUUGAUGAAGAAACAUUUCUUGUUUGUUUUUCUUUUCCAGCCUCCAAAUGAAAAAGUACACCAGAUUAUUUCAAGGACUGCAAUAUUUGUUAGCAAACAUGGAAGCCAGUCAGAAAUUAUUCUGAGGGUGAAACAAGGAGAUAAUCCAACAUUUGGAUUCUUAAUGCCUGAUCAUCAUCUCCAUGCAUAUUUUAGGUUUCUUGUUGAUCACCAAGAGCUUCUGGCAAAAGUUGAGAAAGAUGAUAGCAGCUCAACUGAGGACAUGAAUAGGACUCAGGGGAUUGAUCAAACUGGUGGUGCAUUGUCUUUGCUUGGAUCUGUCUAUGGAACCGGAGAGGAUGAGGAUUGUACAACUGAGAAUACUUGUGUCUUGGAGAAAGAAGAAAGUAAGGAAGCUGUUGAUGCUGUUAGUACUCACACUUCUCCUGGAAUAGAACAGGUCGAAUCUCAUUCAGAUGUGGCCAAGAAGGACAGAAACAUUUCUAAAAAUUCAAUACCCUCUUUGAAAGAAAAAGUUCCUGUCAUAAAGCGGAAUCAUUCUAUCAGUACUGUUAAGACUGCAACCACAAUGAGAGCAAAAACAUGUGAUGGCUUGGAUUCAGUGUCUAAUGCACAGAUCAAAUCACAAACUUCUGUGCCUAGUAUUGCUAAGAUUGAACUACCUGUUGUAGAACCUCCAUCUGAUUUAAAGAUAGCUAUAGAGAAGAUAGUUGAGUUCAUCUUAAAAAAUGGAAAACAAUUGGAGGCUGUUCUUGCAGAACAGGAUCGUCCUCACGGAAGGUUCCCAUUUCUUCUGCCAUCUAAUCGAUAUCAUACUUACUAUCUGAAAGUUCUUCAAACUGCUGAAGAGUCCAAGUUACUGGGGAAGGGCCACCAGAAGCACAAUCCAGGAGGUCGUGCAAGGGACAAUAGUACUGCUGUACAUGAAGAAAGUGACAAUCUUUCACAUGGAUCUAUGUCUUCUGAUCUACCAUAUGAUAUGGACCGAAAAGAGAAGUUUAAGAUGAUUAUUGGCAAGUCAAAGAAGGAUGGUCAAGAUCCAAUUCCCAUAGACCGAGCUCAAAACACAGUUAGCAUGGAUGCAGCGGCCACAGCAGCUAUACUUCAGGCUGCCACUAGGGGCAUUAAAAACCCUAAUUUGGAAAUUUUUACCAAGACAUCAAGCGGUAGUGGUCAAGGACUGGGAAGUGAUGGUGGGUGUUUGUCCAGCUCUGGGAGUCUGUACUCAUGUCAACCACAUGGUUUUGUCGAAAAUCCACACCUAAAUGCAAAGGCCAGUGCUUCUGUCCCUGUUGCCAAGACUAUUGCAGAAAAAGUAGCUAUUGCAGCAGCAGGUGAGGCGGACUCCUCUGAAGCACAUAUGACUAAGGAGCAAAAGCUCAAGGCAGAGAGGUUGAAACGAGCAAAGAUGUUCGCAACCAUGCUAAAAAGUGGAGCUGGAGCAUGUAAAAGUGAACUGCCACGAGCUUUAUCAGUUGAGCCAUCAGGAUCAGGACAUUCUGUUUCAGAUGCCGAGACUGUGAAUCUUGUGGGUAAAGAAAGGGAAGGAAGUUCUGUUCCAUUUGAUGUUGAAAAUUCAGAUAAAAGUCAAAAGUCUGAGGAGAAACUUUCUGUUGAUAAUUCAGAUAAAAGUCAGAAGUCUGAGGAGAAACAUAUUGAUGAUAGUAAUGAACGCCGUUCAAAAAGAAAGUACCGUUCAAGAUCUAGUAGACACGAAGAAGAGGAAGAUGAGGAGGAAGAAGAAAACGAUGAAGAUAAAAGGGAUCCCAAAAGAUCCAGAAAAAAGCAUCGAUCUCAUCGAUCUUCACACAGAAGUCAGGACAGGCAUAAGCACAAGAGAAGACAUUCCUCCUCCAAAGACAAGUAUUCUUACAGGGGUGCCAAGCAUGACAGCUCCUCUGAUGAUGAACAUCAAUGCUCAAGGCAUCGACGUAAAUAUGAUAGCUCUUCUGAUGAAAAACAUCACUCUUCCAGACGACGACAUAGGGAGGAUAGUUUGUCAGACCAUGAGCAUAGACAUUCUCGGCAUUCGAGUAAACAUUAUAGUUCAUCUGAUGAUGAGCAUAGGCACCGAAGCAGGAGUGUAAAGCACAAGAGCAGAUCUCAUGCUGAAAGAGACACAGACCUGGAGGAGGGGGAGAUAAUUAUGAAAUCGGAAAAGUCUCCAAGUGAGGUUGGACGUGCUAGUAGGGAGGCUUCUGUGGGAUUAUCUAAUGCAAGGGCACCAUCUCAAUCCCCUGAUAUAACUGAUGUUUCUGAUGAGCUUAGAGCCAAAAUUCGAGCUAUGUUGAUGGCUAACUUGUAAAAGCUAUAUGGAGCUGAUAACUGUAUUCCUUUCAUUUCCUAGUAAUACAGUCCAUUGUUAAUGUUCCGAAAGGGGAAAAUCAUCUGGUUUUGGUUAUUCCUUGGUUUGUAAUAGUUGUUAAUCUUUGUUUGACCUUGCCUAAUGUACCGAAUUGACCAAAGUCAGGCAGCAAGCAAGAGAUUGUGUAUUAAUCAUUUUGUUUCCAACUCUUAAGAAACGUUAAAUUAUAUAUAUUUUUUUUGUUUCAA